AUGUCGAAGCUUGGCUCGUCGUCGCUGCUUCAGCUGCUGCUGCUGCUCACCACCUUCCUCCUCGCCGUCGAGCAGGCUGCGGCCAAAACAGUCACCUACGACUUCAAUGUGACUUGGGUCACCGCCAACCCUGAUGGGAUGACGGAGAGAAAGAUCAUUGGUGUCAACGGUCAAUGGCCUCUGCCCGUCAUCGAGGUCGACAAGGGCGACCGCCUCAUCGUCAACAUGUACAAUGGCCUGGGGGACAAGAAUGCCACCAUCCAUUUCCACGGCAUGUUCCAGAACACCACCAGCAACAUGGACGGCCCCUCGAUGGUCACCCAAUGUCCCAUUCCUCCCGGCCAAAACUUCACCUACGACUUCACCGUCAAUCAGAACGGGACCUAUUGGUACCACUGUCACACCGACUUCUGCUACCCCGAUGGCUACCGUCAGGCCUUGAUUGUCCACGACAAGGACGCCUAUUUCAACGACGAGUACGAGGAGGAGUUCACCGUGACUCUGAGCGACUGGUACCACGAGUUCGUCGAGGACAUCCAGUUCCUGUCGUUGUACAAUCCCACCGGUGCCGAACCUAUCCCCGACUCCUUCCUCUUCAACGACACACAACGUUCGAGCCUCCCCGUCAAGCCGAACACCACCUAUCUGAUCCGACUGAUCAACAUUGGCGCGUUCGUGGCGCAGUACUUCUACAUCGAGGACCACACCUUCAGGAUCGUCGAGAUAGACGGCGUCUAUGUCGAUGCUGCCGAAGCCGACACGUUGUACAUUGCCGUCGCGCAACGAUACUCGAUCUUGGUCACAACGAAGAACAGCACCGACAAGAACUACCCUAUCGUGACCGUGGCCGACUCGGACCUGCUCGAUGUCAUCCCAACCCAUCUUCAGCUGAACAACACGAACUGGCUGGAGUACAAUGCCGACCGUCCUCAUCCGGACGCCGUCAUGCACGUUGACCUCUCCGACGAGCUUGUGCCGUUCGACGACAUUACCCUCGUUCCCCACGACCGCAUGGAACUCCUGCCUGAGCCGGACUUCGAGAUCAACGUCACCGUGUCAAUGAACAAUCUGGACAACGGAUUUGGCUAUGCAUUCCUCAACGACAUCUCCUACACCGCGCCUAAAGUGCCGACCAUUUACACUGUCAUGUCCGCCGGUGAGCUGGCCACCAACUCCGAGAUCUAUGGCGAGUUCACGCACCCGAUGGUGCUGGAACACAACGAUGUCGUGCAGCUGGUUCUCAACAACGGUGACUCAGGAUCCCAUCCCUUCCAUCUGCACGGCCACAACUUCCAAGUCAUUGACCGAGCCCCGCCCUUUGGACCACACUUCAACGAUUACCUCAGUGGCGACCCAGUUCCUUUCAACCCUUCAAACCACAGCGCCUUCCCGGCCUUCCCCGCGCGAAGAGACGUCUUCGUCCUCCCACCCCAGGGGUACUUUGUCAUUCGCUUCGUUGCCGACAACCCGGGCGUGUGGUUAUUCCACUGCCAUAUUGACUGGCAUCUGUCUCAGGGCCUGGCAAUGGUGCUGAUUGAGGCCCCGUUGAAGAUUCAAGAAACCACUCACAUCCCACAACAACAUUACGAUGUCUGCCAGGCCGGUGGCAUCGCGUACAAGGGUAACGCCGCUGCCGACACCCAAGACUUCACGGAUCUGGAUGGGCAGAACAAGCAGGUUAAAUCCCUCCCUUCGGGCUUCACGGCGCGUGGCAUCGUGGCCUUGGUUUUCUCCUGCAUCAGUGCGUUCCUUGGAAUGGGAUUUAUCGUCGUCUAUGGCCUCUCGACCCCGUUGGUCCCGCCGGAAAAGCAGGAAAUCGACACGAGUGACGUCGCCUCCAUCCACGACGGUCCUGUCCCGGUUACCGUUGGAGUGCAACACACUGUAGAACCUGCCUCGCCGUAUCGGGAUUGA